AUGAAGAUUCAGUUUUUACUCGCAAGGAACAAAAAGAUUAAAGGUGCUCUUAAUAGAAACGAAAAAGCAUAUAUAAUAAAUUACAAAGUGAAUAAAGCAGUACGUGAUGGUGUAAAGAAAACCGGAAAUUAUAAAAAACUUAGGAGUCGCAAACACCUUAAUACACGCAAAAAUGAUUUAAUGGUGUUAUCUACAGAUAGGGAAUCGUUUAUUGAGCCAAUUAACAGAUCGACUAACGGACAGACUAAUAGACCCAUUAAUGUGGGCAUUUUUGGUAGUACCGGGAGCAUCGGGACAAACGCUCUUAGCAUUAUAAAGGAUUGUAAUAAGAUUGAAAAAAUAUUUAAUGUGGAAGCGUUAUAUGUUAAUAAAAGUGUACAAGAAGUUUAUGAACAAGCAAGGGAAUUUUUACCAAAAUAUGUGUGCAUACAUGAUGCAACAAAAUACGAGGAAUUAAAAAAUUUAUUACAAAAUAUAAAAAAUUACAAACCAAUUAUAUUAAUUGGGGAUGAAGGAAUGAAACAAAUGUGUAGUAGUAACACAAUAGAUGUAAUAGUUAUUGGAAUUGAUUCUUUUCAAGGUUUAUAUUCAACAAUAUAUGCAAUAAAAAAUAAUAAAAAGAUUGCACUAGCCAAUAAAGAGUCCAUUGUAUCAGCAGGAUUUUUUUUGAAAAAAUUAUUAAAUGUUCAUAAAAAUUCUUGUAUCAUUCCAGUGGAUUCAGAGCAUAGUGCCAUAUUCCAAUGUUUAGAUAACAAUAAAGUAUUAAGAACAAAAUGUUUACAAGAUGGUUUCUCUAAAAUAAAUAAUAUAAAUAAAAUAUUUUUAUGUUCAUCUGGUGGCCCUUUUCAAAAUCUUUCAAUUAAUUCUUUAAAAAAUGUAACGUCACAAGAAGCUUUAAAACAUCCCAAAUGGAAAAUGGGGAAAAAAAUAACCAUAGAUUCUGCUACCAUGAUGAAUAAAGGAUUAGAAGUUAUCGAAACUCAUUUUUUAUUUGAUGUAAAUUAUGAUGAUAUAGAAGUGAUAAUACAUAAAGAAUGUAUAAUACAUUCAUGUGUUGAGUUUGUGGACAAAUCUGUCGUAAGCCAGAUGUAUUAUCCGGACAUGAAAAUUCCAAUACUUUAUGCAUUAACUUGGCCAAAUAGAAUCAGAACUGAUUUAAAAUCUUUAAAUUUAGCCGAAAUAUCUCCUCUUACAUUUCAUAAACCAUCAUUAGAGCAUUUCCCAUGUAUUACAUUAGCUUACGAAGCAGGGCGAAAAGGGAAUUUUUAUCCUACCGUUCUUAAUACAUCUAAUGAAAUAGCGAAUAAUUUAUUUUUAAAUGAUAAAAUUAAAUAUUUUGAUAUUGCAGCUAUUAUAUCACAAGUUUUGGAAUCAUUUAAUUCUCAAAAAGUAGAAGAAAAUCCAGAGGAUUUAAUGAAUCAAAUCUUAGAAAUAUAUAAUUGGUCGAAGGAAAAGGCUAUGGAGAUUUACAAAAAAAUAAAUUACAGUUCAGUGUAA